AUGAGAUUAGAAGGGGACAUUGAGCGAUGCUCAUUCAUCAAGUAUCACUAUUCCUCAGCCACAAUUCCCAAGAACCUCACUUAUAAUAUCACCAAGACCAUCCGGCAAGACGAGUGGCAUGCUCUACAUUUACGCAGGAUGACAGCCGGAUUUAUGGGAAUGGCGGUCGCCAUCAUUCUGUUUGGCUGGAUCAUAGGAGUGCUGGGCUGCUGCUGGGACAGGGGGCUCAUGCAGUAUGUUGCUGGUCUGCUCUUCCUAAUGGGAGGCACUUUCUGUAUAAUUUCACUGUGCACUUGCGUAGCGGGGAUCAACUUUGAGCUCUCCCGUUACCCUCGAUUCCUGUACGGGCUACCUGAUGACAUCAGCCAUGGUUAUGGAUGGUCCAUGUUCUGUGCCUGGGGGGGCUUGGGCCUAACGUUAAUUUCAGGCUUCUUCUGCACCUUAGCACCUUCAGUGCAGCCCGUCCUGAGGACCAACUGCCCCAAAACACGUCCCGAGAAUGGAACAGUGUGCUAA